UCUGUUGCCGAGCUCUUUCAGCUUCAGAAGAAGGCCAUGGCUUCUCUGCAAAACGACGCUCAUCAGCCAUUGUUGCCUCCGAGGGAUCCACAGCCACCUUCCUUGACUCCCCCCCUCAGCUACGAUCACGAUUCAUCAAACGGCGAGCUCGAGAUCAUACUCUCCGACACCACCCUACCUCUAUUCACGUGCUUUCGGGCCGCCACAUCGAUCGAGCUGAAGCUGCUAUUCUUCCUUGGGGCCCCCGCCGUCAUCGUGUAUUUGAUCAACUACGUCAUGUCCAUGUCCACCCAGAUAUUCUCGGGCCACCUCGGCAACCUCGAGCUCGCCGCCGCUUCCCUCGGCAACACUGGCAUCCAAGUCUUUGCCUAUGGCCUCCUGUUGGGCAUGGGGAGUGCGGUGGAGACGCUGUGCGGGCAAGCAUUUGGUGCGAACAAGUACGAAAUGCUGGGAGUAUACUUGCAGAGAUCAACGAUUCUGCUAACACUGACGGGGAUUCUUCUGACCAUCCUGUACGUAUUCUCGGAACCUAUUUUAAUAUUUCUGGGAGAAUCUCCAAGAAUUGCAUCCGCAGCUGCACUGUUCGUGUACGGUCUGAUUCCUCAAACCUUCGCGUAUGCCGUCAACUUCCCAAUCCAGAAGUUUCUGCAAGCUCAGAGCAUAGUGGCCCCGAGUGCGUAUAUAUCUCUGGGGACGCUGGUGAUUCAUCUGGUGUUAAGCUGGGUGUUCGUGUACGAGAUCGGGCUUGGAUUACUGGGAGCGUCGUUGGUUCUAAGCUUGUCGUGGUGGAUCCUGGUGAUAGGUCAGUUUGCGUAUAUUGUGAAGAGUGACAAGUGUAAGAAGACAUGGCAGGGCUUCACGGUGCAGGCGUUCUCGGGGCUGCCGGAGUUCUUCAAGCUAUCCGCGGCUUCGGCUGUCAUGUUGAGUUUGGAGACGUGGUACUUUCAGAUUCUGGUUCUGCUCGCUGGUUUGCUGGAUCACCCUGAAUUGGCUCUUGAUUCUCUUUCCAUUUGUACCACUAUAUCCGGAUGGGUGUUCAUGAUCUCAGUAGGAUUCAACGCAGCCGCAAGUGUAAGAGUAAGCAAUGAGCUAGGAGCCAGAAAUCCAAAAUCAGCAGCGUUCUCGGUGGUGGUGGUGACGUCGAUAUCUUUCAUGAUAGCUGUGAUCGCAGCAAUCACAGUGCUCGCUUUAAGGGAUGUGAUUAGUUAUGCCUUCACAGAUGGUGAGUUCGUCGCUGCUGCUGUUUCUGAUCUCUGUCCUCUCCUGGCUCUUGCCAUCGUCCUCAACGGCAUUCAGCCCGUCUUAUCUGGGGUGGCUGUUGGGUGUGGAUGGCAGAGUUUUGUUGCGUAUGUGAACGCAGGCUGUUAUUAUGGAAUUGGCAUUCCCCUGGGCUCACUCCUCGGCUUCUACUUUAAACUUGGUGCUAAGGGAAUAUGGUCGGGAAUGCUCGGUGGAAUGCUCAUGCAAACAAUUAUUUUGAUGUGGGUUACGCUUCGAACGGAUUGGUAUAAAGAGGUUGAAGAAGCAGGCAAGAGGUUGAACAAGUGGGAAGACAAGAAGGAGUCAUCACCUCUUGAGAAGUGAGAACACAUGAUUUCACUUUGAUUUGACGACGUGGGUUGGUCAAUGAAGCGGGACCAUGUAAUAGCUUGGCCUUUCCUUUUAGUGCUAUUAUAUCUAUCUCCUUUUCCGGCGCACCAAAAAUGAAAUACUACUUUGGGAUCAACUAAAAUAAUGAUGUACAACAUUUUUCACUGUUUCACAUCAGCCAAAAAGUUCAAAUUCUAUUUUCCUUUCUUUUUCCCCCUUUCAUUCAUUUUCCUAAUUCACUGGUCCAUUAAAAUAUUUCAUCACGGGGCUCUGCUUUGAAGUUCAUGAAAGUUCUUGUUUUGUUACUAAAUAGAUCUUGUUCA